AUGCAUGACCCGGCGGCGCAAAAGAAGACGGUCGACUCGGACGCGCCGGCGCCGGUGUCCGACAUCGAAGACACCUCCGUCAGCUCGCUCAAGGAUAUGUUGGAGAACGAGGGCGAGGAUCCCGUGCUGGCGAGGAAGAUGCACCUCGUCAAUGACGCCAACGACCAGAUCGGCUGGACACCGUUCCAUUGGAAGCUCUUCGUCCUCAACGGCUUCGGCUACGCCGUCGACUCCUUGAUCGCCCUCGUCCAGUCCGUCACCAACACGGGCGCGUUCCUGGAGCUGGCGACGCCGUCGACCUACCGGAAUGCCGGCACCGUCGCCCUGUACGUGGGGCUGCUGCUCGGGGCCGUCUUUUGGGGCUUCGGCGCCGACAUCAUCGGUCGGAGGAUCGCGUUCAACGUCACGCUGCUCAUUACCUCGAUCGCGACCAUCGUGUCGGGCGCCAGCCCCAAUUUGCCGGCCUGGGCCUUCUUCGUCGCGCUCGGGGGCUUCGGCGCCGGCGGCAACCUGGUCCUUGACCCGACCGUCUUCCUCGAGUUCCUGCCCAGCAACAAGCAGUGGACGGUGACGGCCCUCGCGCUCUGGUGGGGGUUCGGACAGGCAUUGAUCGGCUUCAUUGCCUGGGGGUUCUUGACUCAGAACCGAUGGAACUGUACAGAGGGGCAAAGCUGCAACUGGUCCAACAACCCCGGUUGGCGAUACGUCUCGUUCACGGCCGGUGCCUUCGUCUUCAUCACCUCCGUUUUGCGCGUGACCGUUGUGCGCUUGAAGGAGACCCCCAAGUACCUCCUCAGCGUGGGCCGAGACGCGGACCUCGUGCGCAACUACCAGCAGAUGGCCCAAAAGUACGGAAGAGAGUGCUCUCUCACGGAAGAGAAGCUCGCGGCGUGCGGCGAGGUGAAGGGCGCGGGGCAGGACAGGCACACGUCCAAGUUCGUGCUGAACGAGCUGGUCGUCCACGUCAGGGGCCUUUUCGUGACCAGGAAAAUGGCUCUCAGCACCACCAUGGUUUGGUUGUCAUGGACAUUGAUCGGUCUCGCCUACCCCCUCUUUUACGUCUUCCUCCCCUCUUACCUCGAGUCUAGAGUCCCCAACAACGUGGAGACGCCGUACGAGACAUGGCGAAACUUUACGUUGACCAACAUAUCUGGAAUACCGGGCCCGAUCAUUGCCGGCUAUUUGGCCAACCUCCCCCAUGUCGGCCGGAAAUACACAAUGGUCAUCGGCGCCCUCUUGUCGAUGGCCCUCUUCUUUGCGUACACUGCGGUGAAGACAGCUGAUCAAAACGUCGGCCUUAGCUGCGCGAUCGCAUGCUGCAUCAAUAUCUACUACGGUACUCUGUACGCGUACACGGUCGAGGUGUUCCCGUCAGCGCACCGUGCCACGGGCAACGGCAUCGCAGUCGCCUUCAACCGUCUCAUGGGAAUCGUCUCCGCCUUCGUUGCUACGUCUGGUAACACCUCAACGGCGGUGCCUCUCUAUGUGUGCGCGGCGCUCUUUGGCCUGAUGGCGAUCGUUUCGGCGCUGUUUCCGUUCGAGCCCUACGGAAGAAGAAGUUCAUAG